GGAACAUGGCGGAACCGCAACGCAAAUCCAGCAAGUGCCAGAUGAAGCAUGUCUUUUCUGGCACUCUAGUGCAUUCUAGUAAGGAAAAUAUGAUGGAAAUAUGUAAGAAGAGAUUAAUAGGAGUUGACAGUAAUGGCAAGGUAACUGUUUCUUUGUUUUGUUUGGAGUUCUGUGUCUCGUAAAAUUACGCAAUUGGUUAAAAAUUAAAUUUGCAAGAUUUCUGCUGGUACGUGCCGAAUCUACGACGUUUUGGGCUCUUUUUGCCUGCCAGAAGAGGACGCUUUUUCCUGAUAUUCACCGUAUGUAAGCAUGGCCCGAAAGUAGAUUCUACUUUCUGCGGAAAGUAUUGGACCCGGCGACCCAGCGUACAAUAACCCGGCCCUGUUUUUAGAGUGAAAACACAGCUGAGUGCCCCUCUGUCCCGGUUGUCCUAUAAAUAUGCGGCUCACGCGGUCCUGCAGUCACGGGGUCGUCAGGUUAAUAAUUUGCGCAGUAAACGCUAAUUAAGUGUGGUUUCCAUACGAUCGUCCGGAUCGUCUCGGUCGCCCCAGCCGUUUCAAAAAUAUUUUUACACGAUCAGAACGAUUGAGGCGAUUGCUGUUUUCCAUAAUAUGGGUCUGGAUAAUCUGCGAGCCAUGCAAGCCAUGCAAGCCACGGGAAAAAAUAGAGUUUUAUGAAAUUGUAAAUGCAAUGGGUAUGUGAGGUUUUGCUGCUGGAAUAUUAUUUGCAGAAUUACGCAGUAUUGGUCGACUUUCACUGAUUAGGGUUAAGCGCUCAGUUUAAACACUCGCUUUACGGAUUAGGGUUUAAAGCGCUGUUUAGGAUUAAACACUCAUUUACAACGGUUAUACCUUUUAGGUAUGUUAUUUUUUUCAUAUUAGUGGUUUUUCGAUUUUUGUUUUGCUUGACGUGGCCUUUGUUGGAAAGUGAAAUCACCUUUGACACCCAUUAUCCCCAGGGGGGGCUGCUCCCGCGAAUUUUGGAUAGGGGUGUGCCGCGAAGGUUCAUGAACCCUAACCCUAUUUAAGGACUAAGAAAGCGAAAACUGAUACCCUUUUUAAGACCGAAAGCCAAAAAAUGACAUCCUAUUCAAGGAAAAAACAAAAUUAUUAAUAGCAUGAAAAGGAAAACUUUAUUUCUUCUCUGUAACAUUGGAUGUAUAGCAUCAAGCAUAAGAUACUAGAAUACGUCUAGUUUAAAAAAAUGUUCGUUUAGGUGAGCCUUUUCACACUCCAGUAUUAGAUAAUACAAUUAAGCUACCCUAUCUAAGGACCACACCAGGGACACAGAAACAAAAGGGUCAAAAAAGAUACCCUAUUUAAGGACUGAGAACCUCAAAAACCAUACCCUAUUCAGUGGCACUUACCUAUAUAGCACAUAUGUGGGAGUACUCCCCCCCCCCCAUUAUCUCUUGGUGAUGCACAGUGCAAAACAAAGGAAUCUUCUUAUCUAUGUGCUUUGUUGAUGUAAACAACAACAUGUUGGCUUUGGUAACUGGUUGCAUCGAGUGUAUAUGUUGCAGGUCAAAAUUAAAAUUCAGGUUAAAAUUUUUUAACUUAGGUUGAUUCCCAGUUUUCUUUGCCUCGUACAUGUAACCUUAAUUAUUCAUGAGAGUCAAUCUAGGUUAAAAAAUUCUAACCUGUUAAAUAAAAAGUUGAUAUGCAUAUAAAUGUGUAAAAAGUGUAUUUCUGAUUCUAUUAAUUUUAUUGUACCUUCCAGAUAGCUUUUAUUGAUAACACCACAAAAUUGGAAGACCUUGCAAAGAAGUUUGGAUUUCAAAAGGAGGAUGUAAUAAGCCUCCAACCUGGCAGGUCUGUAUAAUCUUUGGUAAUUAUGUAAAUAUGGCUUCUGUCAGUCACUUUUAGAAGAGUAGAUGUCGGAUGGUUAGAUGGUUUUCAGUGCUUGCUAUUAGCUGGGUCAUUAUCAGUGGUCCCAGCAUUGGAGCCAAAAGAAAUACUUGUCUUUUAGAUCCUUGCAAAACUUGAUGUGGUUGUCAAGUUAAGCCUUGCUGUGUAGGGUUAAAAGACAGUUGGGUGACAAGCUGACAAUAUCCUGUCAUGAGGCGCCUAAAUUCUUCUCUCUGUCUUGUCUUGUUUUUUUUUUAUCAUUCUCAUAUUUGAUUGCAACCCAUAUUUCGCAUUAUUCCUUCAAAAAAACCCAAUAACAAAAAACAAUGGAAAGUGUACAGUGUUAGUAUUACUCAUGACUCUACUCUUCAUCAGCUUUGGGUUCAUCCCUUAAUCUCCCCACCUCCCCCUAGCAAGGGUAAUGUACCAAAAAAGAACCUUUCUGACUCAAAAUUAUAAGCAUUGUAGGGGUGGCGAAUGGUACCUAGAAAAAAGUGGGUCUCGGAAAAUUUUGGCAGGAUCCUGAAAUCUCAGAGGCGUUUCUGAUAAGUCUCGAAGUCUCGUUUUUGCAUGGUUUGUUUUUACUUUUUUGAGUCUCGAAACUUUCUACAAAGAGUCUCGGGCUCGGAUUUCUAAAUAGGAUCUCGGCGUCUCGUAGAGUCUCGGAUUUUACCAUUCGUCACCCCUCAUUGUUUUGGGGAGGGGGCAAAGAAGUCAGUUUUACUAAUAGCAGAGCAACUGUGGCUGGACCUUUGCGAGGCUUGGAUGACCGAGUAAAAUGGUGGUCCCGUCUCCAGUAGGAGACAUAAAAUGCAUUGACACAUUCUAAAUACAUUGACGCUCAAAUAAAGCACUUUUUUUUCUGCUUGCAAAGCGCCAUGGCAUGUUAGCCCCAUUGCCAUAGAAAUUGGAAGCCUAUAUCGAUUUGAGAAAAUUUUGGUUAUGACCUCACCUUAUGCAUGUAUGGCCAUCCAUACAUCUGUACUUACAUCCAUACAGACAGACUAGGAGGGGGAGAAAAGGGAAUCCUGACAUGGCAACUUGGGUUUGUCCUGGCGAAAAUCAAACCAGCUUGGCAACAAAUUUAUUGAUUUGCUCCAGGAAAAAUCUUGAAGUAAUCUACUUUAAACAGGGAACAUGUGUUUUGCCUAGAACACACUUUCCCCUUGCAAAUCCAGUGCAUUUAACAUCAUCUGAAUCUUAUCUUUUUUUGUGCAGACAAUUUUUGAUGCCAGGAUUUGUUGAUACUCAUAUUCAUGCUCCGCAAUAUGUAUUCACGGGUACUGGUUAUGACUUACCUCUUCUCGAUUGGCUUGAAAAAUAUACCUUUCCAUCAGAAUCACGAUUUCGAAAUGUUGAGUUUGCCCAAGUGGCUUACCGCAAGGUUGUGGUGAGUGAGUAUUAAUCCUUUUACUAAUCCCAGAGGAAGUUAAAGUCAAAAUUGGGCAAUUCCAGAAAAUAUCCAUACCCAACCACGGACGGCUUCCAUGUUUUAACCCCCCCUUGCCUUCGGAAAUUCCAAAAUGUGCUACCCCCCCAUGCCCUCAGAAUUCCAUAGUCGUGAACCCCCCCUCCCCUUCAGAAUUUCCGGGUUUUUUUUGGAAGUACAUUUUCGACUUAGCAAUGCCUAUAAGAACAAAAGAACAUGAAUUUAUGCCUCCUCAAGGCUGUGAUUUACCGGCGCCAGGUGACAAGCUUUACUCUUCAGUGACAAGAAAAACCUACGCUAGUUGCCAGGCGGUGCAAACUCCUUUUUAAGUCCGAAUUUGGCUAUAAAAAUAAACACCACUUAAGGUAAUUUUACUCCUCUUUGUUUUCUUGUGCUGUUUUGACGUUUACAAAGGAAAAUAGCUCAAACAGACUGUUAAAAUCUUUUGGCGGUCAAAUAUACAGUCGAGUCGUGUUGCGUCCUUUUAUACGUCACGUGAGUGCGCCUAAAAGCGUUCUAAUCUGACAGGCGUUCCUUGGAAGUGAGGACUGGUGCGAGUUUUUACUGUUUAUCGGACGGUUUCGGACGGGAGUAACAAGAAAUUUGCAAGGGGUAUUAAAAGAUACAUUUUCAGUUUUUAUUCACGUGACAAGAAAGUCAUCAAGGUAAAUGUGAAACCAACGUUUUACUGUUCACUUCUAUAAGUUAUGAGCGUAAACACGUGUCUGAUCUAUCGAUGCUUGUCUUCUGCUUCCGUGGUCAUACGUUCGUGGUUUAUUCUACUUAACUACAAAAAGUCCACAACAAUAACGUUUUCCAGGAACUUACUCUACACUUUCUACUCCAGAAAUCCCACCUGUGGAAUUCCCCCAUACCUUCGGAUUUCAAAUCGUAAAUACCCCCCCAUGCCUUCAGAAUUCCAUAAUCGUGAAUCCCCCCUCCCCUUCGGAAAUCCUUAAAGCCGUCCGUGGUAUGGUAUGGAUAUUUUCUGGAAUCGCCCAUUAGACAAAAAUUCCGAAUAAUGUAAAAAUACUGAUCUACAGACUCAAAAGUAAGAACCUGCAGCUUACAGGACUAGCAACAGGCUGGCCGCACAAUAUUUCCCAUCUUAGAAUUUGUGAAGAAAAGGUGUUUUGUUUUGUAGGUCCAUGCAGGAUACUUUAGAUUUAUCACAGAGGCAAUAUAAUCUUCAAAUAAAUCUGACCUUUAUUUACAUUCGACCCGCAUUCCAACACUUUUUAGUUUUGAUGCUAAAUAGCAGACUCUAUUUAUAUAAUGUACCGCACUGUACUGUAAUAAUAAUUACAGUUGACUCCCGAUAACUCGAACCCUUAAGCUUGCUAACUCAAACCUUGCUCUAACUUUAACCAAAAUCAAUUUUCCCUGGAUUUCAAUCAUACAUUUACUGUAAUUUUACCAUCAGUAACUUGAACCCUCGAUAGCUCGAACCUCCCGCUUACUCGAAGUAGUUUUUGUUUCCCCUCAGAUCAUUUCUAUUUAAUUUUACCCUUGAUAACUUGAACCAAUUUGUUUUGAGUCCUUAAAAAGUCUGGAAAAAGAACAGUCUACUGGCAUCCAAAACAUUGAAUUUUGAACUUCUCAUGGCAUUGAUGUGUUGUAGGAGUAUAGUUUACUGGUGGAAGCUGAUUUGUUUGUCACAAAUCUCACGUGAAACAGCUUUACUUCUCAAAGCAGUAAAACUCAUGUUCAACUUAGGGAAUGUUUUGUUACGUUACGUUCUGAUUUUUAAUCUAGAAGUAUCUUUGAAUUUUUGCUUAACAUUGCUACAAUUGAAUGUGAUUAAAAUGUUCCCUCUGCAGUAAAAACUGUUUUUUACCUUACUCGCAGCUAUUUUCUUUGAGCCCCCGAUAACUCGAACUUUCUUUUGAAGGUUCGAAUUAUCGGGAGUCGACUGUACUAUUCACCUGCUGUACCAUGUCUAAUCUAAAAAGAAAGAAAAAAUAUUUCUAUAAUAAUUUUUUAUUAUUUUGCCCCACGAUACUGUCUUUCAUAGGGCAUAUUAAGAACCUUCUUGGGGUUAGUGUGUGUCAUCAAAAUUUGCGGUAAUUUAAUUUUUGUGAUUUUUUGUAGACAAGACUCCUAAAGAAUGGCACAACAACUGCAUCAUAUUUUGCAACCAUUCAUUAUGAAGCUUCAGAGAUUCUUUGUGAUAUUGUUGGUAAGUGAGGCAAGUUUAUUAUACAUUGUUUAUUUGUUAUAUAAGUGGAGAGUUAACACUACGUAUGGUAUGGCUCAUAGGGAGAUGACAUUCUUAUUAAAUAAUAUUCACAGCAGAAUUAAGAGGGAUAUAUUAAAUUUUUUCCAUACUCACAAGAAGAAGUUACAGGUAGUCAUACCCAACAAUCUUGAUUUGAUUCUUUUUGGCAUCCCAGCACAAUUCUCAGCACAGUGUGUCAAAGUGGGUACUUUCUCCAGGGCUAGUACUCAGCACCAGUUGUGACUAAAAUGAGAAGGGGGAGGGCGUGCCUAUGUGUAUCAACAAGGAAGUAUUGCUUUCUGGCAUUAUAUUAUGUUGAGUAGGAAAAAUGACCAAGGCUGUAUUGAUAGAGGGUCAUAUUGUAGAAAAAAUUCUAACAAACAAGAAAGAUAUUCAGAGACAAUCAUAAAAUCACAGUUUGAGCCUCAAACCUCUUUUAUGCUUAAUUCAGGCCACUUAGAGUGCCUGAACAGUCAGCAUUGAAUGCAUACAUACAGUGUAUAGACACAGAAUCCCCACCAACAGACAUCUGCUGCAAGAGGACAGCUCUCAUAAAACACUUUUUCUGGUCCCAAGGUUGUGUACUUUUAGGACAUUUGACAGAAAUAAAAGAAAAACAUAAAUUAUUCAAGUACCUUACCUAUUUUUGGUAUUGAUCACGAUUUGUGGAAUUUAGGUACAUUAAAAAUCCCCGGCUAAGAACUUAGUUUUUAAGAACCUGUUAGGCUAAAAUUUGCCAGUUAGGUCCCCUCCGUACAAAAACCUGUUUAGCCUAAAAUUUAAAAUGGGUUCUUAUUUUCUAAAAUGUAUAGUAAAAAUUCUGAGCAAUUGGGCAAGAAAGAUAAGUCAACAUUCAGGAUCCUUAUUGGAGACAUGUAUUGAUCACGAUUUGUGGAAUUUAGGUACAUUAAAAAUCCCCGGCUAAGAACUUAGUUUUUAAGAACCUGUUAGGCUAAAAUUUGCCAGUUAGGUGCCCUCCAUACAAAAACCUGUUUAGCCUAAGAUUUAAAAUGGGUUCUUAUUUUCUAAAAUCUAUAGUAAUAAUUCUGAGCAAUUGGGCAAGAAAGAUAAGUCAACAUUCAGGAUCCUUAUUGGAGACAUGUCAGGUGCCUUAUCACUCCAACUGAAAUGUAUUCGCUAUGCACAUUUUUUAAGGAAUAAGCUGAAUAUACUUACUUAAUACUCUUAGCUGCAUUGUAUUUUUUCUUCAGAAAAUAAGAACCUAUUUCAGAACCUAAAUAGCCUAAAUCUGAACUAAUAAAUUGCCAUUUAUGUAAGAACCUGUAGGUUCUCAGUGACGGGUUUUUGCUGUAGUCUGACUGUAAAUGUCUGACUAAAAAUAGAACCAAUUUUUCAGCAUGUAAACACUGUCCUUUUCUCUCUUCUAGCUGAACUUGGUCAACGCUGCUAUAUAGGCAAAGUGUGCAUGGAUAGAAACAGUCCUGACUACUACAUUGAAGAAACAGAACAGUCAAUAAAAGAUACAGAAAGGUAUGAUCAAAGUUUACUACUACCUGGUUAGCUCAAUUGAUCGCAUACCAGAGUUUGAAACAGUAGGCCAAGGUUUGAUUUCCUGGCUAGACCAACACUUGACAAAAUGUGCUGCCUUUGCCCUGCAGACAUCUGUGAAUAGUUAGGGGUCCCUCUCCUCGUGUUCAUUUGCCAAACCCACGGCCACCAACCAGUUUUUAACAUGCAUGUUGUCAGAACUCUAAACAGAGCUAAAUAUGAAUUGGGAGUAUUUUGCUGCAAGAGAGCUUGUGUUAGUGGAGAUUAGGAGGGCACAUCUCGAAUUGACUGCAUAUCUGCAUAAACUGGACAUCAAAGAACUCACACCCCUGUCCAUAUUUAAGAGUACACAGUUGGGGGUGCAGACUGUAGUGGUGUGGUCAUUCAUGGGUUUGGUUGGUAAUUAUUUUAAAGGAGUUUUAAUUACUAUUUUAUUUUGAUAUUAAAGGGGGUGCAAAUUUGGUUAAUCUGCUGACUCACCAUGUUUUGAUUCACUGUGGAGGAUUCAUUUGUAUUGUUCACCAAAUUGUUUUUUUUGAAAAUAUGAUUUCCACAUGAGACAAAGUUUUAUCGCAGCCAUCCAUCUUCGCAAUUGCAUUCCUUGAAUGUAUGCUAUUUAUAUACAACUGUAUGUAGUUUUUGCCAAUUAGACUUAAAACUUUCAUGUAAUCCAUAUGCAGUGCAAUCUUUUUGUUACUUUUGACAGGUUUGUCAAGCAUGUACUGGAACUUAAGGUACUACUGAUCAGUAAAUUGAGAAGUAAAGUUUGCCUUUAUCGAGCAGCAAAUCUAUGAAAGGAAAGUAAUAGGAUUAGAAAAAUCUCAACAGCAUGACUUUAAAAAAGUGCGGUUGGAUAGUUAAUAAAACAAGAAGUACAUAGUUUAUGCUAGGAGAAAUGACUAUGAUAUUCCAACAGCUUUUGUUGAAUAUAUACUUUUGCCUGUCUCUAAUGAUUUCCAUUUAUUGCGUUGGAAACACUGCAGCCAAUAACAUCUUGGCUUAACUGACUGAUGACCAAUAAUUUCAAACCCAAUCAAGUCAAUAUAGCCAGAGUUAAAUACCAUUAAAUAGUGAUACAAAACUUACUUUGGUUGUGACUAUCACCACCACACAGGUUGUCAAAAUUAAGUCAGUCAUUAUCAACAACAGUUGUAAAUAUUCAGGACCAUACACCCACUCAGGUGGAACAAUAUUUCAAUCUAUGUACAUUGUUUGGCUUGAUGCGUGGGUUCAAAGUGUGGUUGUUUCUCCUUUUUUUGGCAGAAUCCUCUUAUCACACCAGUGGUUACUCCAAGGUUUGUUCUGUCAUGCACCUCACAUCUGCUGAAGAAGUUAGGACACAUAGCUAAGAAGUAUAAUGUUCCCAUACAGGUACAUUUUCUAAAACAAAAUGUUAUUAGAAUAAAGAGAGGCUUUAUGCCUCUUGACCUCUCAAGAACUGCUAAUAAAUUGCCUUCUGAAAAGUAAGAUUAUAUCAAUGGCAAAUAUCACACUUAGCCUGGCUUUGAAAUAGAAGCUUAGGGCAACUUGCCUAUAUUGAUUAUUUUAUCAUCUUUGAGACUAUCAUGGGUGGCAAAUGGUAAAAUCCAAGACUUGCAGAGAUGCCGAGAUCCUAGUUAGAAGUCUGAGCCCGAGACUCUUUGGUGAAAAGUUUUGAGACUCAAAAAAAAAAAACAAACCAUGAAAAAAUGAGACUUCAAGACUUAUCAAAAACGCUUCCGAGAUUUCGAGAUCCUGCCAAAAUUUUCCAAAAUCCACAUACCAUUCGCCACUCCUAUUAUCCUCAUCAAUGAUAUGCACAUCUUUGCAUUCCCCUUGUAUCCUUACUAUUUAAAAUGGUGAGGGGGACGGAAGGGGACACUUAUUUGAAGGGGGGGUGCUUUUUGAUAUUAUGGCCUAGAAGGUGGGUGCUUAUUAGAGCAUUGUUACUUACCCGAGGAAAUACAGUUUACCCUCCUCACCCAUCUCUAUCAGAUAGCAUAAAUUUGGCUACCUCUGUGCUUUCCCUCCCCUGUUUUCAGCAAAAUGUUAUGUGAAAGUGCAGUUUCAACAUUAUUACUUUGAUUACCACAAUUUUGUAUUUUAGAGUCAUUUGAAUGAAUCAAAGAAUGAAAUAGCCCUGGUUGAAAAGGACUAUCCAGGUUACAGCUAUACUGCAGUUUAUGAUAAACAUAACUUGCUAAACAACAAGGUUAGUAUUCAGGCAUGAAUUUUUUCUAUUAUUUCUUCAUCAUCUUCUUGACAUGGUGCUUGCGUUCUGCAGGCUUAGGUCAUGGUGGGUCUGAGAUUGUGCCGCUGUUCUCUGGCCUUGGUGGAUGUAGAUUAGCCUGCAGAACAAGCGUUAUUUUUUUGCAUUUUUCAGAUGAGUGAAGUGAACGAGGAACACCAGAUGCGCAUGUCUGGCACUCCUCACUCGCUUCACGCUUGCCUUCACCUGCCUUAAAAAUGUGAAAAAAUACAGCUGUUCUGAAGGCUAAUGUAGAUGAACCAACACCCUGCUCCCUGUAUUUGUAGACCAAAAACAAGGCCAGCAUAGCCUGCAAACAGCAGAUGCAUUUCCAGUCGUCGAGAGAAGGGACGACUGGAAAUGCGUCUGCUGUUCGUAGGCUAGGCCAGCAGGGCCAACAAAAAUUAUUUUUGACAGCAGUCUUCCUCUCUUAUCUCAAAGUCUGGAUGAGCAGGCCUCUCUUAACUUCAGUUCUAAAUCGACUCUCAAGGCGGGGAGCUGGGUGGUACUUCCUAUAAUGGUCUAUACGGAGGGGUACCUUUUUCAGAUUAGUGAAGGUAUAUGAAAGGAAAGGGCAGGGAAAUCUGUCAUUUUGGCCCAUUAAAGGGCCAAAAGAGCUACGAGACACAUUCUAUGGCUGUGAAAAAGUCAAGAAAAUGUUCUGGUUCUGUGAUUUAUUCAUACUUUAUAGACAGUGCAUUUACAGCAGUUAAAAGGAAUGCAGGGUUAACUAAGUAUGUGAAAGGGUAGCCUACGUCGCAGGCGUUUGAAAGGGAAGAGAAAGGGAGUUUUGGGAAAGGGAGUUUUAGGCGCGAGAGAAAUGCGAGGGGCGUGCGAGGAAGGAGGGAGGGAAACCCCUCGUGCGUGGUCUCGCGCCCUAAUUCCCUUCCCCUUCCCUUUCAAACGCCUGCCACGCAGGCUAGUGAAAGGGGUUUUAUUUAUCAAUAUAAGGUAUACGAAAGGGUUACCUUUUCUUUCAAAAAUGAUAUAUAAAACGGUAAGGGAUCGGACAUGGGGCCAACCUUCCCUGGGUUUUAACCUUUGUUGAAUACCCCCUGGAUGUACCACUGUCUGAGUACAGUAUUUUCUCCCAUCUCUGAUCAAGAGUACUUGUUUUUUUUUUUUUUAAAGACGUACAUGGCUCAUUGCUGCCAUGGUUCUGAUGAGGAACUUAACCUUUUGUCGGAAAGGUGUUCAGCUGUUGCACAUUGUCCAACAUCCAACUUCAAGUGAGUGCAUGCUUCUCUUAUUGAAGCAUUUUUAAAAAUUGGAUUAUUGUCUGCUUACAAUUAAUUGGAAAGGACUCGGUGAAAAUGUGCUAUUAAGUCAUGGAUACACUUUGCAAAGAAUUAAAGAAUUAUAAAAGUCAUCAAGGGCCAAUAUACUUGUGGAGAUAGAUAAGUCAGGGACAAAUAUGUUGAGACGCUUUUGCGUAAUAGGGUUCACUUUCGUGUAAUUUACGAGCAAGGGAUGGCGAGUUCAGUUGAGAGCACUUGCCUUUUACUAAUGCGGCGCUGGUUCAAAUUCCAGCGUCGAUACCAUGUGUGGGUUGAGUUUGUUGUUGGUUCUCUUCCUGGCUCCAACAGGUUUUCUUUGGCUACUUCGGUUUUCCGCUCUCCUCAAAAGCCAUAAUUUCCAUAUUCCAGUUCCACGAGGAAUGAUAGAAAAUGAACCACUAUGUGGACGUGCUACCUCUAUAUAUUUUUUAUUUUUUUAACUUUUUUUUAUUUCAAUAGGGUAUGCAAUAUUUUGGACAACAAAACAAUCUUGGCCCUCUCCCCACCCUGCCCCUCUAACUAAACUUGGCUUGUUUUGCUCUUCUAUAGGCGAUUUGAGAAGCGCCACAACAUUCCUACGGGAGGGUGGGGAAGGGAAGGCUUUCUUUACCAUUUUGAAGAUAGUGAACUUUGAAUUUUGCACUAGGUUCCCCUUAGGUGCAACAUAAGUGUUGAAAUACGGUUUGCAAAUCGUUUCGUGAUGGAGUAAGUCUGUCCGUUUGAAGGCUUUGCCACUGCUUGAUGCUUGUAUUUCUUUCUUGCCUUAGUAUAAGAAGUGGCAUUGCUGAUGUCAGGUACAUGUUGGACAAGAACGUGAAAGUUGGUCUAGGGACAGGUGAACUAUAAUAACAGCUGUGGUGUAACCAUUUAGUUAUUAUAUGUGUAAAGAUCAUCCAGUAAUAGUUUGUGUAUCAGUAGAAAUCCACCAAUACUGACCUGGUCUUGCAAAGUGAUACUUGUAUACUAGUACAUCAGUCAAAAGCUGUUAAGAAGUGUGAAAACGCGCGCAAAGCCAGCGUGGUUUGCCUCCUCAGUGUCAGCUGGAAACAAACAUGAAUUCUGAACACUGCUAUGUUUUAUUUGAUCUUUUUGUCUUAGUUAAUUGUCCGACUAGCCUUUGUGCCAUAAAUACUGCCGAGGUUAUAUAAAGGUUAUCAUUAUUUUUAUUUUUCAUCCCGAAGCAAGGCUAAAAAAAAUUGUCGGGACUCGACUCGCAUCUGGGCUCCAUGCCUUACUCCUUUGGUCCCGGGUUCGGGUACCGGAAAAGGCAUUUUACUUUUUUUCUUUCUGGUCCCUUUUUUGACUUUUUCCAGGCUUUAUUUCCUAGUGAAGGCCGUUUCCGACGAGAUUCUCGAGGUUUUACAAGACACGUAUUUCAAGCUAUUGUUAUUAUUUUAAAGGCUCUAGAAUCUGGACAAAACGCGCGUAAAAUUAUUCCCUAAUUUCACUCGUGACGAUUUUACCAUUCCAACUAAAACUGCAUCUGCACUCUUAUCACUUGUUAUCAUUUGUUUUUUCAGCAUUUUAAAAAAUAACAGUUGGGAAUUUUCUUGGCAGAAUUUGUAUCAGUGUCAUUUUCCCCUGCUUUUCUUGUUGUUUGUAGAUGUAUCAGGCGGUGAAUCUUCAUCAAUGCUGGUCGCUAUGCGGGACUGUAUCAAGGCCUCUAACGUGCUUAGUCUUAACAAGUCCGAUGGAUACACACCGCUAACUUUUAAAGAAGCUUUUUUUCUGGCUACACUGGGCGGAUGUCAGGGUAAGUUACCCCCGGGUCCCGGGAAUACCUGCCGCAUGUUUGGGCAUUGCUUACACACCUUUAAAUGUUUAAAUAGAUUAGGCGCUUCAUAUUUGUCCGACUUAGUUACGAGGUACAUUCCUCGGCGCAAUUUAAGAUCUGCUAAUAGCCGUCGUCUGCUUGAUGUCCGAUAUAUAUCUGCGCAACUAUGGUCCCCGGUCUUUUUGAGUAACGUCACCACAGUUGUGGAAUGAUAUGCCACUAGAAAUAAGAUCUUGUGACAGUUUGAACGAUUUUCAGAAAAACUGAGCUAAAGAGACUUAUCUUUUGAGGAAGUGGUUUUGACUCCCGAUAACUCGAACCUUGCGCUAACUCGAACCAAAAUCGAUUUCCCCUGGAUUUCCGUCAUACAUUUACUGUAAUUUUACCCUUGGUAACUCGAACUCUCGAUAACUAGAAGUAAUUUUUGUUUCGCCUCAGAUCAUUUCUAUAUAAUUUUACCCUCGAUAACUCGAACUAUGUUUUGAGCCCUUAAAACUCGGAAAAAAGACAGUCUACUGGCGUCCGAAACAUUGAAUUUUGAAUUUCCCAUUGACGUGUUGUAGGCAUAUAGUUUGCUAGUAGAGGCUUAUGUUGUUUGUCACAAAUUUAACAUGAAACAGCUUUACUUCUAAAACAGCAAAACGCAUGCUCUAUUUAGGCAAUGUUUUGUUACGUUACGUUCUGAUUUAUAAUCUAGAAGUAUCUUUCAUUUUUCACUUAACAUUUCUGUAACUGAAUGUGAUUAAAAUGUUCACUGUGCAGCAAAACGGUUCUUUUUCCUUACUUCCGGCUAUUUUCUCUGAGCUCCCAAUAACUCGAACUCCCGAUGACUCGAACUUUUUUCGAUUUCCCUUGUAGGUUCGAGUUAUCGGGAGUCGACUGUAUUUUAGUCGUUUUAAGUGAAAGCGUUUCUUUAUCAAUUUAUUAGUUUGUUAAUUGCUUCAAUGUAAUGUAGUUUAUGAACAAUAUUUGUAAUAUUUUUAACAUUUCUGGUAAAGCGCCAUUGCACAUUAGUGGAAAUGGCACUAUAUAAAUGAAGUGUUUAUUAUUAUUAUUAUUAUUAUUAUUAUUAUUAUUAUUAUUAUUAUGAUUAUUAUUACUAUUAUUAUUACACCCUUCCCCUGUUUAGGAAUAAAACGAAACCUAAAAUAUUAACCCUACAGCAGCCUCUGCGUUUCCAUAGAAAAAAUCAAUAACAAGGUUUUGAGGUUUUUUCUUCUUUUGUUUAGUUCUAGGACUGGAUGAAAAGAUAGGAAACUUUGAGGUAAAAACUUUUAUGUCAAGUUUGACGUAACAUGUUAGAAUAACAAGAAAAUACUGUGCCGAUGCCAAACCAAAACAAUGUAAUACCAUACCAAUACAAUAUUAAGUUUUUUCGCGUAUUCUUAAGAAAUAGACACCCCAGAAAGCUGCAUAAUUUGUACUUAUGUUUCACCAAAAAAGCCAGAACUCAUAGCACUUCUAUCUUUAUUGAAGGAGUUUCGAAUUCAGCCCUUUUCUAGCCUGCGUAGCAAGCGUUUCCGUGCGGUUUACGAGCAAAGAACGAGGAACGAGAGUCAAAGACCGCGCGAAAAAUGGCGCAAGUAAAAGAGCGGGGAGGGGGUGGGGAAGAAACUUCCAUUUUUUGGCUCUUAUUUGAUUUCUCGCGCGGCCAAAACCGAGAAUCCCGUUCCCCGGUCUUUCUUUGCUCCGAAACUAAACGGAAACGCUUGCUACGCAGGCUAGCCCUUUGCCGAUCGCAAAAAUUUGAUAACUUGCUAUCGGCACUACGACAUUUUCGCUAAAACUCCUAGUAGAAUGACGACGACUAUCACUUUUUCCCGCCAAAAUGACGCUGGUUCACGCACGAGCACUGCUUAGUAUUGAGAAAAUCUCGUACUCUUAUUUGUCUUCAUCUUAGAAUCUAAAGGUCUCAAAUACGUGAAAGUACUCAGUAUACAUUGCAAAGUAAUGUUAGUAAUGCAAUCAGGAAAUACACUGUAACACAAUGUAAUUCAGUAUGCGGCACAUAGCAAUGGUUUAUCAGCUCGUGCACUAAUAGUAGUUCCCAAAGUAAUACGUAAAAAAGUAAUAAUAAACUGUAAGACAAAGAUACACUUAAUGAAAUAUCCUGAAUGCUCUCUUUGUAAUGGUCCUUUUUACAGUUCUCUCUGCGUGUUUGGGAAAGGUUUUGUGGUAUACAUGUAUACCGUAAAUCCACUAUUAAGCGCCCCCCUCCCCCCCAUCUCUGUUUUAAACCCUCCCCCUCCUCCUCAUUAGUCUUCACUAAUAAAUGAUAGAGUGUAUUAAUAAAUCACGACUGUAAAUUUAAUUUGGACUGAUCUGAGAUGCUUUCUUCACGUGUUGGAAGUUCGGAUUUGCUUUUCGGUUGAAUGACGUCCAACUUCUUGUACUUGAGCUUUUCCACUUUGCAUUCUUGUUCUUUAUGGAGAACUGAUACCACGAACGUCGUUAAAUGAAACAAGACCCCGUUCUUAUUAAGUCCCCCUCCCCUCAAACGUGUUUGAAAUGAAUAAGCCCCCAAGGGGGGGGGGGGGAGUUAAUAGAGGAUUUACGGUACUUGUUUUAUUUUCAGGUCGGUAAAGACUUUGAUGCGUUGUUGAUUGAUGCAGAAGCCGAAGACUCACCUUUCGACUGUUUCAAAGCAGAUGAUUUAAGGGUAAGGUUCAUUACGUUAAAGACGCCAGGUGCGUUGUUCUCAAUGCAUGAUUCUUGAACACGUCGUUCGAUCCGUUCUUCGAAUUUUGUUAGAAAAAUUUGUCACCUGUAUUUUCCUCUCCUUAUCCAUUUUGGACAUACCGACAACUUUCGAGACUCCUCUUAUUCUCCAGUAUGAGUGCUAACCCCCUCGUCAGAGCGAAUCAGAUUCUCUUGGCUGACGAAGGGCUAACGAUCUACACGUCGGCUCUUAAAAAGACUCAGUUUACAGUGAUCAACGCCUAAGUUGCAAAUUCAGUUUGAUCGACUAGUUUGAAGUAUAAUAAUAUAAAAAAUAAUUCCGUUAUUUACCCUCGGUAGUAUUUGUAGCACUAAUGCUAGUGGGGCCGAGCAAAUGCAUAAAAGAAAAAAUUCAAAUUGAACUUAACAGGGUUAAGAAUCCUAACUGGCCUAUGAGGCAAACAAGCUGGCUAUUUACCGUGAACAAAUCCAGCUAGCGGUCAGAGCGGGACUUGAUCUCGGGGCCUUCGAAUAACAAGUCCGGCGCUCUAACUGCUCGGCCACGCUUCCUGCCAUAUGCGUGAUCAGUACUCUCUUUUAGUUUGUAAGAUGAACUGAACUAUUUUAAACGCGUUAGCCGUCUGUAUCACGGACUUUACAAGAGUAUUGUACAUUUAUGAAAGAGAACGUGAUCUUCGCAGUAGCAUAAAAAACGUAAGCGGUUGAAAAAGAACCUGAAUAAAUUCAGGUUUGACCCGGAAUGUUACCCUGACCUCUGCGGUGACCGGACGCAACGCUCUAUUACAUUUCGUUUUGUUUUUCUCUGCAGGAUGUAGUUCAAAAAUUUUUAAUGCUAGGUAAGUUAAAAUGAAGUUGCGUAUUUUAAAUCUUUACCAUGUUUUCGGUUGUUACUUUCAUACCUUCAUACUGAGCAACGUUGGUUCUUGCUAAUAGCAACCAACUGAAAAUCCCUUUUAUUUGUUAUAAUUGCAGCACGUAGGCAACUGUUUUUAUUUUAUUAUUUUUGCAGGUGAUGACCGGAAUAUCCGGAAAGUGUUUGUAGCGGGUAAACUUGUUGCUGGUGUUGACGGCGUCCCCAUGUGACGUUAAGAUUGACUAGAUAUUGUUCCAAAGUAAUGUUGUUCCUUUAUUUUAACCUGUUCUUUGUCUACAACAACUCGUUUGAGGAUAGACUGUUCCAGGCUCUCAGAUAGUGGGAUGACGUCUGAGUGAAAGGCACGUGGAAAUAUGAGCGCGUCAUGUGGGAAAAGAGAAAAUCCUUAAAUAAAAAUGACCUAGACCAGGUUUUGUGAGCCCGCGAGACUGAGCCUCCCACCCAAACCCUUGACUAAAACCGG